AUGACCCUCAACUACUAUUACACCAAACUUCAGGUCAUUGACACCAUGCCCAUGAAUGAGACAACAGCCUCACUCUUCCACCACUUUGAGCCUCUCUACAGAGUGAUUGAUGACAUGCCUCAACCACCAGCAGCACUGCUCACACUCACACAAAGUUUCCAGCGUGUUGAAGGUCAAACCGAGAUGAAGGAUGACGAGGAGACACCUGAAGACAAGUCAGAGGGUUCUGAUUUAAAGGAGGUGCUGAAUGUGUCUGAAGUCGUUGACCUUCCCAAUGACCCUGCGAUGUUGACCAGUGACUCGGAGAGUGAAAUCUUCUGUGACUCUGUGGAUUCAGUGGAGCAGCUGAUCACCAUCGAGAUUCCAGUUAUCAAAUCAAAUUUCUUUCACAAUGGCCACGUGUCCUUGGAGUUGUAUCCAGCUCUGUGUGAUCAGGAGAAGGGUCAUGUGGAGGGCAGACAGGCCGGCUCAGGUCACGGUGGAGAAGGAGCAGAGCAUGGAAGAGGGCGGGGAUCCUCUCAGAGGAAUCGGGAAGCUGGCAGAGAAGCUCCCUCCCGAAACUGCAGAGAGUGUGGUGCUCCACGGGGCAGUCUGAGGCGAGUGGCCCCAAACAGUGGAGGUGGAGCUGGACGAGGAGGGGGCAACGGGUCUGAGGGUGGGGCGGAGAGGCUACUUGAUGCCCACCUCCAGCAGCAGAUCAUCUUGGCACUACGGAGGCUCAGAGAGGACAUGAGGAGUGUGAUGGAGAGGCUGGAGGUGGUGGAGAGGCUCGCUGCCUCACAUGACUCCGCAUGGAGACCCUGUCGUCAGUGUGAAGCCUCAGCUUCACAACAGGAGGAGACAUGGUGGCCAUUCGAUGUGUCAGGUCAGACCGUCCUUCUCUUCCUCCUGUGGCCGUUUGUUGCUCAGGGUGUGGUCUACUUCCUGAAGAAAGCCCAGCAGAGAAGCCGCAUGUCUUCAUGAGGAGAGCUGAAGAACUCGUGCAGGGAAUGUUAGCCUGAUGUUCCCUUCAGGAUCCACAGGUCCUGGUCUGGUCUUUAUUCAAGCAGACUAAAUGAUUAUGAAAAGCUUGAUGGAAUAUUUAAACAAUCUGAUCCUUUUUUAAAUGUGAACGGAGCAGCUAGUCCUUUCAGGA